AUGGACAAGGACAAGCUUGCACAGCUGCUGCAGGCCAGCCAAGUUCCCAACACGGAGCAAGUCAAGGCCGUCACGGCCGAUCUCCAGAAAAAUUACUACUCGCAGCCCGAGUCGCUGCUCCUCCUCAUCGAAAUCGCCCUCACCCACAGCCAUGGUGCCGUCCGACAGCUCGCCGCUGUCCAGGCACUCCGCCUCGUCCCCAAGCACUGGGAGCGCACCCCCGAGGCCCAGAAGCCCCUCGCCCGCUCCCACCUCCUCGACGGCACCCUCAACGAGACGUCGUCGACCACCCGCCACUCCCUCGCCCGCCUCGUUGCCGCCAUAGUUGGCCUCGACAUGGAGCAGGGCCAAGGAGACGACUUCCUCAAGCAGCUGCUGCCCCUCAAUAAUAGCUCCAGCGUCAUCGCCAGAGAAGUGGGCUCCUACAUCCUCUUUGCCAUGCUCGAGGACGAUCCCACCCACUUCAGCGACCACACUCACCAGCUGCUCGACCUUUUCCAGGCCCGCAUCGAGGACCCGGAGAGCAGGGAGGUCCAGAUCAACGUGGUCCAGGCCAUUGGCGCCAUCCUCAUGAUCAUCGAGCCUGAGGAAGACCCCCAGGCCCUCAAGGCCAUGCAGGCCUUCCUCCCCAACUUAGUCAACAUCCUCAGCGCAACCGUCGAGGCCGGCGACAACGACAAAUACAAGACCGUCUUCGAAGUCUUCCACUCCUUUCUCGCCUACGACUCUGCCCUCCUCUCUCUCCACCUGCGCCAUCUGCUGCAGUUCAUGGUAGACCUGGCCGCCAACGCCGAUGCUGACCAAGACGCCCGCACUCAAGCCCUCGGCUUCCUCAUCCAGUGCGUCCGCUACCGCCGCAUGAAGAUCCAGGCCAUGAAGGACAUGGGCCCCCAGCUCAUGGUCAAGGCCAUGCACAUUGUCACCACCCUCGACGCCGACGACGAUGACGAGGACAUGUCCCCGGCUCGGACCGCCAUCAGCCUCAUCAACACCCUCGCCAACGAGCUGCCUCCUCGCCAGGUCAUCGUCCCGCUCCUCGACCAGUUCCCCUCCUUCGCCACCAACCAGAACCCCGGCUUCCGCAUGGCCGCCAUGCUUGCCCUUGGCAACGCUGCCGAGGGUGCUCCCGACUUCGUCUCGACCCAGCUGCAGCCAUUGCUGCCUACCAUACUCAACCUGCUGUGCGACUCGGAUGGCCAGGUGAGGCACGCCGCACUCGUCGGUCUUAUCCACCUGGCCGAGGAAAUGGCCGAUGAGAUGGCCUCGCAUCACGAGCAGAUCAUCUCGGCUGUCCUCAAAAACCUCGAGGCCGCCUCCCAGGGCUCCCCGGACAAGCAAAACGUGAGCAUUGUUCGAUGCGCAUGUGGGGCCUUGGACACCUUUGGCGACGGCGUCGACACCAAGAUCAUGGCCCAAUACGGCCCCAGCUUGAUCGGGCCCAUGGUCAAGCUCCUCGACCACGACGACUUUGGCGUCAAGGCUGCGGCUGCGUCCGCCAUCGGUGCGAUAGCUUCGUCCAUGGACAAGUCGUUUGAGCCCUACUUUGAAGGUGUCAUGAAGGCGCUCGCGAAGUUCGUCAUGAUCAAGGACAAUGAUGAUGCCAUGAACCUAAGGAGCUCCACCUGCGACAGCCUGGGUCGCAUCGCCAUGGCGGUCGGGCCCGAAGCCUUCCAGCCCUACGUCAUGGACUUGAUGAAGGCCAGCGAGGAGGCCCUGGGCCUCGACAACCCCAGACUCAAGGAGACGAGCUUUAUUCUCUGGUCUAAUCUGUCCAAGGUUUACCGCGAGCAGUUUGACCAUUUCCUCGACGGUGUCUUCAAGGGCAUCUUUGCUUCAUUGGAGCUCGAGGAAGAGGAAAUAGACCUUCCUGGCAUUGAUGUCAGCCAGCUGGGCGACGGUGCUUUGGUUGUCGGCGGCAAGCGCGUCAAGGUCAAGGCUCCGGACAACGAGCACGAUCUCGCCAUUGCCACCGGCGGAGAUGACGAGUGGGACGACAUCGAGGACCUGGAGAACCUCGGUGCCGUCACUGCCGUUGCUCUGGAGCAGGAGAUUGCACUUGAUGUCCUUGGCGACGUCAUCACCAACUGCUGCAGCAGCGGCAACCUCGAGACUUACGCUGAGAGGGUCAUUGACAAGGUUGAGCCCUUUGCCGAGCAUACUUAUGAGGGGUGUCGCAGGACGGCAAUCUCCACCCUUUGGCGCACAUACGCACGCGUCUUUCAGGUCUGGGAGGAGAGCGCCGGAGUCAAGUGGCAGCCCGGUAUGCCUCCGAACCCCACGCCGCCGCCGUCCAUCAUCAAGAUGAGCCAGACCCUCUACAAGGCCACCAUGAGCAUCUGGUGCGAGGACAGUGAACGGUCUGUCAUCACCGACGUAAAUCGAAAUGUCGCCGCCACCCUGAGAGCUUGCGGCCCCGCUGUCUUGGUUUCCAAGGACGACAUGCUCCAGGAGCUGGUGUCGGUUGUGGGUCUCAUUCUUACGCGCUCGCACCCCUGCCAGCAGGACCUGGGAGACGAGGAGGAGGAGCAGGAAGUCGACAGCGGAUCUUCCGAAUACGAUUGGCUCGUCAUCGACACUGCCCUCGACGUCGUGGUCGGCCUCUCCGCCGCCCUUGGCUCUGCCUUUGGCGAGUUGUGGAAGAUUUUCGAGAAGCCAGUCCUCAAACUGGCCAGCUCCACCGAGGACCUGCACCGGUCCACGGCCGUCGGCACCAUUGCCGAGGUGACAAAGUACACCGGCGAGGGCAUCUCUCCGUUCACAGAGUCGCUGAGCCAGGCACUGGGCCGGCGUCUGACGGACCCGGACUCUCUGGCCAAGUCCAACGCCGCCUAUGCCAUGGGUCUGUUGAUCUUGAAGUCGAACGACGUGAACAAGACGGUUCCCCUCUUUCCGCAGCUGUGGGAGAAGCUGGAGCCACUGCUGUCCAUGAAGGAGAUGCGCAUGACGGACAAUGUUGCCGGCUGCCUGGCGCGCAUGAUGAUGAAGCACGCAGACGGCGACUUUGUCGCCCAGGCGCUGCCCGCCAUUGUUAACGCCCUUCCGCUGACAGAGGACUACGAGGAAAACGAGCCCAUCUAUCAGUGCAUCUACAACCUUUAUGAGCGAGGCAACCAGACUGUGGAGCAGCUGACGCCUCAGCUCGUCGGGAUCUUUGAAAGGGUGAUGGGCCCGCCCGAGGACCAGCUGGAGCAAGACACCCGGGAGUUGCUGCACAGGACGGUCCAGACACUGUACAAGGCAAAGCCGGAGCUGCUCUCCAACAAACCUGGCCUGCUGCAGUUGGCCGGUGCGCAGUGA